AUGGCUGAGGGUAAAGAGGAAGGAGGAGGCAGCAGCCUCGAUGAGCAGCUUCCUCAUCCUCCUCCUCCUCCUCAGCCGCCUCAGCCCCAUCAGUCCCAGGACAUGCCCAGCCCGCAGCACCCACUGCCCAGCCUGCCUCACCAAGAGGACACGCAGGAGGAGGAUGGACGGGAAGAGGAGUCACAGCACACAGAGGGUCAGUUUGAGGGAGUGCUGGAUGAAGACACUGUGGCUGAGAGACUCCAUGAGCUGGGGCGCUCAGCCACUGGUAUUGAAUACGUCUAUCUUAACCUGUCGCUUUCAGGUCGUGAGUUAAGUGAUGUUAGCAUUCUCUCCAGAUACAUUCACCUAUGGAAACUGGAACUUUCAUCUAAUAAAAUUAAUGAUCUUUCUUGUGUCAGUUACAUGCCUUACUUACUAGAACUGAAUGCUUCCAACAAUGAAUUGACUACGUAUUUUGGUUUUAAACCACCUAAAAAUCUCAAGAUAGUCGAUUUCUCAUGCAAUCAGAUACCUAAAAUGGAAAACUUGUCAGCAUACGAGUCACUCACUAAACUCUUGCUGGAUUUUAAUAACAUAGAGGAGAUACAAGGACUGGAGAAGUGUCACAGUCUGACUCACCUCAGUUUGUCACACAACAGACUUGUUGCAAUCAGUGGCCUUGAGAACCUACCUCUCAAAAUACUCAACCUGAGCUUUAACCAGAUUGAGAAGACAACUGGGCUGGGCAGUUUGAAAGCUCUACGGACAUUGGACCUCUCUAGCAAUAAAAUAACUACUCUAGAAGGCUUCAAGAAACAUGAUCUACUACAGGUGAUCAACUUAGAGGAUAACCAGAUUGCUGAGCUGCGUGAACUUAAGCACAUUGAAGAUCUGCCUCUCCUCAGAGUUUUAAACCUGUUAAAGAAUCCUGUACAGGAGCAAGCAGAUUAUUGGCUUUCAGUGAUUUUCAUGUUGCUCAAACUAACAGAACUGGAUCUCAAGAAGAUUUCGGUGAAAGAAAAGGUUGCUGCUGUGAAUAAGUACGACCCUCCUCCAGAAGUAGUUGCUGCUGAAGACCAUAUGACUCAUGUUAUCCGUGGUAUGAUGCAGCCCCAGAAGAUCUUUGACAGCACUUUACCUUCUCUUGAUACUCCCUACCCCAUGCUGGUAUUAGUUGGUCCUGUAGCCUGCGGUAAGAGAGAGCUUACUCACAAGAUCUGCAGACAGUUCAACAACUACUUCAGAUUUGGUCCCUGUCACACUACCAGGGAAGCUUACUUUGGAGAAGAAAACAGACUUGAUUACUACUUUGUUACUCAAGAAGAGUUUGACAAAAUGGUGAACAUGGGGCAGUUUAUAGCAACCUAUAAAUACAGUGGCUAUUCCUAUGGACUUGCAAGAGACACUAUCGAAUCAAUUGCCAGAGAGGGUCUUGCAACUUGUGUUGAAUUAGAAUUAGAGGGUCUGCGUAGCUUGAAAAACACCUACUUUAAACCCAAAUGUAUCCUGUUAGUACCACUGAGCAAAGGGAAAUAUGAGGAGCAUCUGCGGAGGAAAGGACUAUUCAGCAGGUCAGAGAUUGAAGAGGCUGUCUCCAGAGUGGACAUGUACAUCAACAUGAGUGAGGGUUUUCCAGGGUACUUUGAUGCCACUGUGUACAUAGAUGAACUGGAUGAAGCAUUCACAGAACUGAGUUUCAUCGUAAGGGAAUACCUGGAUUUGAAACCACCUGCAGUUGCUGAUAGCAUUCAGGACUCGAACAGCAGAGUAGGAGCAGCUUCCACAGUACGGCUCUUACGGCACCAAAGAUUCUCACCUGGUGGUGUAACUACUGGAACUACUCAGUCUUCAUUUGCCAGUGAGUUCUUGGACUCUUCUGCUGAAAGCUAUCCAGGAGGCAUCCCAGAGAAAUAUGCUGCACAACUGAGGUCUAUGGAAGAAGCUUCUUUCCAAAGACGUUUCUGUGCAGCACGUCAGGCUCUAUCAGGGAAAGCACCUAAUGCAUAUGCCCAGCCCUUCCAAAGGGACCUGGCAGCCACUCCUGCACCGAGCAGCUCCCAUCAGCAGUUCCUGGAACCAACAAUAUAUGCUUCUGUGCUCUCAGAUAGCAGGAAUAUGACCCAAGACCAGAGCUUCCCCCUGAGUAACCCAGAGGGCCGCUGCAAGGAAUCUGGUCCUGCCAGAGGACAAUUCCUGCUCUCAUCUGGUGCAUCUGCUGCUGAAGCUCUGCCUGUUCGGAGCCCUGCUCCUCAUGCUCACCUCACUGAAGAAGCCAAAGCUGAGCAUCAACAUCCAAGAAGAGCUGAACAUGGAGUGGACAGAUUGAAAGACACUGAAUUCUCUGCUGACAACCCCCAGAGAAAGCACAGCAAGUCCAAGACUGGCUCUCCUCAAGUGCCUCAGCUCAGCAACUGGUCAGGCUCCAAACCUGUCCUACCUCCAAUCCCGUCGGGGCGGAAGAAGGCCAACCAUUGAUGGCUGCUACUAGCCAAGCCUUUGUUGUGAUUACACUGAACCUUUCUGCCUAACAGGAACUAUGAUUUUUAUGUAUCUAUUUCUCUGCCACAAAGCAAAGUCUAUCAAAUAUUAUUACUAAAUCCAUCUCUAAUUAAUUCUCCCCCCCCAAAAAAAAGCUAUGUAUUUAUAACUUGAUUAAAAAGUAAUUUCUCUAUUUCCCAAAGCUAGAAAUUAUUUCCCCAGGCACUCC